GUAAAAACAGAUAUCCAUAGAUCGAUCCAAACAGAGUAGCUCAGUUCAGUGGAGUUACCAUGGAUGCUCAUGGUAUUGAGGAGGUACCCCGUGAGGAGUGGAUUCGCUCGAUAACAGAAUCGAACUUGCCGAGCGAAUUGCCGCAAAAAAUAUGGAGGGUUCCGCAGAUGCUGCGAGAACAAACCUCCAUUAAGAAUUAUGAGCUCGAGAAAUUCUUUGAACCCAGGGUGGUAUCCAUCGGUCCUUACCACCACGGCAAGCCCAAGCUGAACCUGAUGGAGGAGCUCAAGCCCAAUUUUGCAUGUCAAUUCGUCUCCAUCAUUAAGGAUGCUGCUGACUCAAAAAAUUCCAAAACUCAAGCUACAGGUAGAAAAGCUGGUCAAGACCAACUUUGCACUUUAAUCGUCAAAUUGUAUGAUAAGAUUCUUAAAGAGAUCAAAGAGCUGAGGAGCUGCUAUGCGGAUGAGAACUCGACAAGCGAGUACGGAGACGAAGAUUUGGCGCGAGUGUUGUUCCUGGACGGGUGCUUCAUUCUGCAGUUCAUCGAGAACCGCCAGGGAAAGAACUCCGAACAACCGCAGAUGAUGAAGAGUCACUACGAGGCGUUCGUGGAGCAGGACUUGUUCUUGUUGGAGAACCAACUCCCCUUCAGGGUCCUUCAGAUUCUAGCGGAAGAAAAACAAUCCCACCAAAGUAAUCCUAGUAAGGAUGAUCACCUUACUAUGACCGUGAAAUUCAUCUAUAAGAUCAAUAUGAUCGCAGAGCCGAAAUCAGUUGAGACAAACAAAUGGUGGAAAACCCAGCCGCCCGCCCAUCUCCUCGAGCUGCUGCGGAAAAUUCUCCUCAAUUGCAAUCAACCAAAGCCAGAGCCAGAUGGUGCCGCAAAAAUAGACAAGCAAAACACACCAACAAAACCAGAUGGUACAGCAGAAGUAAACAAGCGAAACACAGCAGCAAAUGCAGCUGGUGAUAAUCAUCAGCGCUGGAAUGCAAUAACGUUUUUCUUCAAAUGCAUCAGUGAGAUCGAAAAAAGAUUAACAAGAAUACGUCGGCGCAGCGGCAAACGCGAAACAAAAUCCAAUCGCUAUUCUUACCGCAACGUGAAGGAGCUCAGUGCCGUGGGGAUCAAGAUGAAAUGCAGCAAGACUAGCUAUUUAACCGAUGUUUCCUUCGAUAGUCCCGCUUUCCUGUUCGGCCACUUGAGGCUUCCCCCCAUCACUAUGGACGACUCGACCGGCCCCAAGUUCAUGAACUUGAUGGCCUACGAGAUGUGCCCGGACGUCGCCGACGAUGAGUUCGGGGUCACGUCCUACAUCUGCUUCCUCGACUCCCUCAUUGACCAUGUGGACGAUGUGAAGGAACUGAGGAAGGCGCGCGUGAUCGACAAUGGCCUCCGCAGCGACGAGGAGGUGGCCAAGCUCUUCAACGAUAUCGGCACCGACCUCGUGCCCAAGUCCAAGACUUACAAAAAGGUAAUGGAGGAUAUUCAAAAACACUGCGAUAGUAAGGUAAAGUCAUGGAUUGCCCUCUUCAUUAACCGCCAUUUCAGUACGCCUUGGACUGGCUUGGCCGCUUUGGCUGCCGUUUUUGUCCUCUUCCUCAGCAGUGCGCAAGCCCACUUUCAAGUCUUCCCUCGACCCGGUUCUUUCGAUCCCAUUUGCGAGUAUAAUUAAAAGAACAUGUUUGCAGGUAAUGUGCUGCCCCAUCAAAAUGUGAGUUCUUCAUAUGGAUAAGUUGGACAUUUCAAGUCUUGGUCUUUAAUUAACAUCACUUGGUUUUUCUAUAAUUUUUGUCUACGUUUAAUUUGUUUGAUUUUGAUUCAUAGAGGCAUGGUUAGAUUGGUUUAUUUGAAUUAUUGUAUUAGUAUUUUUUUAUUAGUUUUGAUGUCUAAGAUGACUUUUAUAGUUUAUAUAUAAAUCAUAUGAGUUCUGCUUGUUACUAUGGUAUCUCUCCGCCAUAAGCGAGAACUAUCAAUAAAUUUGGGGUUUCAUUUAAAAAAA